CUCCACCCUCAUUGUUUAGGGGGAAAAGGUUGCCAGCCCCCUUUUGUUUACCUCCCUCUCCCGCUUUCCCUCUCGCUGCGCAGUUUCUGCUUUUCACAGCAUUUUGCAUGAAAGUGGCAAUCUGUGAGGAUUACCCAGUUUGAGGGCUGCAACCAAAAAAACAAAAAAAAACAAAAAAAAAAGGAUACUGUAGCUUGGGUGCUAAUUCUGACUCAAGGCAGAAGUGAAGACAUGGGCUCCGUUUCUAACCAGGAAUUCCCAGGAGUGUGUAAGACCGAGGAGGAUGAAGGACCCAUCACCGAGGAGGAUUCACAGUCUUACAACGGGGUCGGCUUGUGUAAAUGGUUCAACGUCCGCAUGGGUUUCGGGUUCCUGUCCAUGACCAACAAAGAGGGAGUGCCACUGGACGAGCCGGUCGACGUGUUUGUCCACCAGAGCAAGUUGCACAUGGAGGGUUUCCGCAGCCUGAAGGAAGGCGAGGCGGUGGAGUUUUCCUUCAAGAAGUCGUCAAAAGGCCUGGAGUCUCAGAGAGUAACCGGACCAGGAGGCGUCCACUGUGUGGGCAGCGAGAGGAGACCCAAAGGAAAGAAGGUCCAGAAGAGACGCUCAAAGGGAGACAGGUGUUAUAACUGCGGAGGCCUGGACCACCACGCCAAAGAGUGCAAACUGCCCCCCCAGCCCAAGAAGUGCCAUUUCUGCCAGAGCAUCGACCACAUGGUGGCCAACUGCCCAAUCAAAGCACAACAGUCCUCGCCGGGUUCUCAGGGAAAACCGUCGCCCUCGAAAGGAGACGAGGAGGAGCACAGCCGCCCGGCACCUCCUCCUCCCGACGCCUCCGAGUAAGAUUAAGGCGAGAAAACGGGCAAAACAGCACAGAGGCCAAUCAAAGUGCUCCGCCGGAGAGACGGGACACACGGAACCCUCCACCUGUCCACGCUGCUUUUGGAACUACCUCAGGUUAUAUGAAAGAAAAGAAAAAAGAUAUUGCUGAUGAAGAAUGUUGCUGAAGUUGAUUUUGUUUGUUUGUUUUCAGUUGGUGUAACACUCAGGAAUACUGCUGUAUUAUUGCACUCAGGACGCUUUUUAAAAAUGUUGGAAUAACUGCUGUUGUUUGAGGGGUUUGAGAUUGUAGUCAGCGAUGCCAUAUGACCGAUUAUCUCGACGACUUUUUGUAGAAUCUGUGUUUUUUUUUGUUUUUUUUAAUGUGAAACGGUGCCCCUCCCCUUCCUGUGGGAAAAUACACACUACAGGCCAAAAGUUUGGAAGCAGCUAAAAUUUUCAGUUAUGGAUUCUUUGGAUUUUUGGAUGUGUUUACUGCAUAUUCAGACUUUAUCUUUUAUUGAAUUUAACCAUUUUCCUGUUGAAUAAAUGUUAAGAAAAGAAAAGAAGGGCUUAGUUUUAGGGUUGAGAAGAUUUGGAAGAGUCACAACUUCAAUGCAAAAGUGGAAAAAAAACAAA